CAACGACAACUAUCCAUUUGCCGUGCGUUUUGCUUGACUCUUCGCUUGUUAGCUUCUCAUUGUAGCUUUAGCCUACAACAUUAACAUUGAGUUUUCGCUGAAAUUCUUGCCAAUUACAUUUGCAAUCGCUGUCAGCAGUUUAGCUAGUGAAUUGCAAAAAAGUACGUAAAAAGAUUAGAACUAGUAAAACUAGCUGUGUGCCAGCUCUAGCUAAUCUCAAACCAAUAGCGUUUUUAUGUUUUAGUGCUAAAUAUUAAUGGCAGACUGUUGGAACACUGAUACCGGGGAAGCUGUGUAUCGAUCCCGGGAUGCUGUCAAAAACCUGCGAAUAAAGGUGCGUAUAGAGAGAGUGACCUCAACAGCAGCCCUUUCUCAGCACCUCCAGGAAGAAGUUCUGUCCCAACAAGACAGAGGAGCGAUUGAACUAGAAACCCUCACUUCACAAGGCCAGACAGGUGAUAAUGAGGAGGAGCUGGUGGUGAGCUGGCAGGAAAAACUCUUCAGUCAGUAUGAGAUGGAGCUGUUCCAAAAUGAGGCAGCAUGUCAGACCCCACUGGACCGGCAGUACCACACAGAAGUCAAGGCUCUGAACAGGGCCAAGGGCCGACGAAAUCACAGGAUUUUCACAUACACUGAUCAUGACCGCUACACCAACUGUCUUCCAUUCCACCAACUGCAGCACUCCACUGACCUAAUGACCACAACCAAAUCCAGCCCCACCUUUCUGGCUGAAAGGAUGGCCAGCGUAAGACACAGACGACAGGAGAGACGAACCAUGGACUGUAGUAUCCCUAAGUCAAAAAUCAUCAACUGGGAGCCGACAGAGGACUUUGUGAAGAGCAGUCAUGUGGUUAAUAAUGCUAUGCAGACCAUGCACAUCAUGGGAGACCUGGCCCCCCCUGGAAGGCUGGGCCAAAAAGAGAAUGAAUGUUUGCUGGUAACUAUAAAAACAGAUGGCAGUGGAACAGUCGUUGUAAAACCUGACUUCAACAAAGGCAAAGAGCCCUAUAGGAUUGUAACAGAGGGGGAAAAGAGAGAAGUUUGGCGUCUUACUGUGGAGAAUGUAUCCACAGCCAUGAAACCAGAGGAAAAGGACAGGGAGCAGAACAUGUACAAAGAUCUGUAUGUAAGGCACAAGGAGUACCUCAAUAGCCUUGUUGGACAGGACUUUGAAAUGCCCCCUGUAGGUAUUCUGCGUUACCUGAUGAAUGGAGAGAUAAUUUCAGCUAAAGGCUUUGAAUAUGAUAAUUUAUACAUUCACUUCUUCAUGGAACUGCCCAACAAUUGGUCCAGUUUGCCAUUCCAGUCUCUCUCAGGUGUUACCCAGACCUGCCGAACUAAAACAUUAGGGAAGGAAAACGUAGCAUUCUUCAGUUACCCCUUCAGCUUUGAGGCUUUCUACAUGAGUGAAAAAGAGAGUGAGGAAUCAGUUCCUCAGUGGCCAGUGCUCUAUUUCAAGGUUCUUUCUCUGGACUCCUGGCAGCGCUAUCGAACUGAAGGCUAUGGCUAUCUGCUUUUUCCUGCAAUACCUGGUAAACAUAUAAUAACAUGCCAUACAUGGAGACCCCUUCAGACGGGGACAGUCUCUGCACUGCGACGCUUCUUUAUUGGAGGUUCUCCGGAGCUUGAAGACCACAGUUAUGUCCGAAUACCAGGGACCUUCAAGGGAGAGAGGCUGAGUCGCUUUGGCUUUUGCACUGAAACCACAGGAAGUGUCACCUUUAGUCUGCACUGCAUCCAGCAAGCCAGGUCCUUUGUUGAUGCCACCAAGUUGAAGAAGAGGAGGCAGAAAGUUUUUGACCAGUUGGGAGGAUUUAGUCAGCAAGGAGCUGUCUCCGCCAUCCUGGAGGCCUUCCAGAGGGCGAGGAGAAAGAUGCAAGAGGCCAGAGAAAGCCUUCCCAAAGACCUCAUCACCGCUACCUCCCAACUCCAAAUCGAAUCCUCUGCAUAGCUGUGAAAAAUAAUGUAGGACUGUCAUUCUGCCAGUUAUAUUUAAGUGCCCAAAUGGCUUCGACAUACCACUUUGAGGUUUAGAAUUGAGGUGAAAUUAGCAGAAACUACGAACUGCCAUUUCAAAUAUUUCACAUUUUCUGUUUUUUGCUGAUAACAUAGGAUGAUGAUGUACUUUAACGAGCCAGAGAAAAGAAAAUAGUGUCUGAUUUCUAUUUAUUCUUUGUAAAGACAGGUAACAUUUUGGGCAGGGUAAUAAUUGGGGUAUAAUAUGGACUUACAUGGUAAUUUUCCAUAGUUUACUUCAAACAUGUAACAAGUAUCACAUUUGUUGUAAUAUAUUUUUUUUCAUAUGAACUAUAA